AUGGUUGCAAAAGUGCGAAAGUCGAAAAAGGUGGUCACUGUUGCACUCGUGAGAGAUGCGGUUGCAGCUUUGUCGGAAAGAAAUGGCUCGAGCGUAAAAUCAGUACUUAACUACUUGGUCUGGAAACGACAAGUCAACUCUGGUGCACGCAAGCAAGUCGUUUUGGCGAUCAGGAAAGCUGUGAAGGCUGGAGUUUUGGUAAAAAAAAGUGGAAAGGGUUUCGUGGUUUCUGGAAACAAGUUGGCCUCAAAGCCUGCGACGAAAGGUGGCAAGCGCAAGGCAAGGCGUGCGAGGAAGCGCACAACGAAAAAAUCGUCCAAGAAGUCGACUCGCGCGCGCCGUCGUCGUGGUGGGCCGAAAAAGCGCAAGGCGCGCAAAUCGUCCAAAGUGCAAAAGGUGCGCAAAUUGUCAAAAAAAGUGCAGACAUCUUCCACAAGCGUUGCGCGCAAGCCUGUGAAGUCGGGCAAAAGAAAAGUCAACCGCAAACCAAAAAGCGCAAAUAAUGCCAAAAGUGCCCCGAAGAUGUCGGCGAGACCUCGAAGGAUGUGUACCACAGCUGUACGAUAUACCAAAUGA